ACUUGGGAUGAAGCUUUAGCGAAGACCACUAAAGCAUGGGCUAACAGGUGCAUAUUCAAACACAACACCUGUUUAGCAAAACCACGUAAAUGCCACCCAACUUUUGAAUAUGUUGGAGAAAAUAUCUGGUUAGGAGGAUUAAGCGUAUUCACACCAAACUCUGCUGUUGCUGCUUGGUAUAAUGAAACUCAAUAUUUUAAUUAUAAUAAUCUACAUUGUUCCAAUGUUUGUGGCCAUUAUACACAGGUAGUUUGGGCCAACUCACAUAAAGUUGGUUGUGCAAUUACAAUUUGUCCUAAUCUUGGGGAAGCUCAAACUGCAAUAUUUAUAUGUAACUACGCACCUACAGGAAAUUUUCCAAACAUGCCCCCUUACAUUAAAGGAACAUCCUGCUCUAUGUGUGGAAAAGAAGACUCUUGCAAAAACAACCUCUGUGAAAAUAAAGAACUUGAUAAACUUCAAAGUUAUCCAAAUUGGAAUCCACCAGGGAAAGCACCUCAGCAGAGAGCAUGUAAUCUCCUGUGCCUCAUUUAUGUUCUGCUGAGAAUGUUUUAA